AUCCAUGCUUCUGUGAUGUACCUCCCUAUCCUUGUAGGACCAAACGACGGUUUGACCAUAGGCCCGGCGGGCUGCCCUGGACAGGUUGCACCUCGGUCCGUCUCUCAAACGCCUGCGGUUCCUUUAAUAGGCGGGGCCGGAACCAGCGGCGAGUCCCCCGCUUUGUACGUGUCGGGGGCGGAGUUCCCAGACAGCCCUUGCAGCAUGGCCGCCGGCACCGCCGCCGCUCUAGCGUUCCUGAGUCAGGAGAGCCGAGCCCGGACCGGGGGUAUCGGGGCUCUGCGGGUCCCGGCUCCGGUCACCAUGGACAGUUUCUUUUUCGGCUGUGAGCUCUCCGGCCACACCCGCUCUUUCACCUUCAAGGUAGAAGAAGAGGACGAUGCGGAGCAUGUGCUGGCUUUGACCAUGCUCUGCCUCACUGAGGGGGCCAAAGACGAGUGUAAUGUGGUAGAAGUCGUGGCCAGGAAUCAUGACCACCAAGAGAUUGCAGUCCCUGUGGCCAACCUCAAGUUGUCCUGCCAACCCAUGCUGAGUUUGGAUGACUUCCAGCUCCAGCCACCUGUAACCUUCCGCCUGAAAUCAGGUUCUGGCCCUGUGCGGAUCACUGGGAGGCACCAGAUUGUUACUAUAAGCAAUGACGUUUCUGAAGAAGAAGAGAGUGAGGAAGAAGGUAGUGAGGAGGAAGAAGCUGAGUUGUGCUCCAUCCUGCCUGCCAAGAAGCAGCGGGGUAGGCCUUAGCCGCCUUGGAUUGGGAGGAACUCUGAACUUCUGUUCUCACCCUCUCUUCCCCCUUGCCUUUGGGAUUGGAGAUCAGCCUCUGAAGCUCAGGACUACACAUUUUUAAUACUUUUUACAUUUUUGGAUAAAGGUUCAAAUAAAGUGAUGUGGAGUUUUUUUGCAAC